AUGGUUGGCAGAAAGCGGCGAUCAAACGCAGCCGGAAGCCGAGGAAGCAGCAAAGCCACUCCUACCACAGGCGGGGCGAGCAUUUACCAGGAGAUGCUUGCUGAAGCUGGCGUGCAAGGAUCCGCAUCCAGAGACAGCAUCAAUGACGAACCUCCGAUGAAAAGACGUCGUUCUGGCCGACAAAAGUCCAUUCACGAGCAGCAAGCAGCAAGCGGACCGGCCGCGACUACAACCGCAACCGCGACUACGACCACCCGAGAGCAAUCUGUCGACAAUGACGACGACGAUGACGAAGACGAAGAUGAAGAAAUCGAGUUUCAGGACGUCCCUCUGCCACCCGAACAGGUGCAAACAAUUGAGCGCGACUCCGAAGAUGAUAGCGAUGAAGACGACGAAGACAUGAUAUUCGAGGACGUUGGUUUGGCCGCGGCACUAGAGCAGAACACAGCUACCUCUUCGUCAGCGACUGAGCAUGUGUCGAAAGAUCUUGAGCUCAACCUGACGGCUCAGCAGGCCGCGAGCGCAUCCGCGAAGCGCAAUGCCGAUCGUCGCAAGCCCAUCACUAAGGAAGAGCGAGACCGGCGGCUCGACGUGCACAAGAUGCAUCUGCUGUGCCUACUCUCGCACGUCGCGCGACGAAACCACUGGUGCAAUGAUGAGCAGGUGCAGGAGACGCUACGGGCGCACGUUAGCAACAAGACGGCCGACUACCUGACGCCCGGCCCGCAUCUCCCGCAGUUCGGCCAAGCCGAAAGUCUCAAGACGGGCCUCAAGCAGGCGGGCGAUGCGUGGCGCGCCAAGUUCGAGGUGACGGAGCGGGGGCUGCGGCGCGCGCGCUGGGCCGAGGACGCGGCGCAGCUGGACCGUUACCGGCUCCCAGACCACCUGGAGACGUGUGCCGACCGGCAAGACUUUCGGCGCGCGGCCGCGACGAUGCAGGGCUCGCGCGACGUAGGGGCGCAGCUGUACUGUGCGCUGCUGCGGGGCGUCGGCGUCCGGGCUAGACUCGUGUGCUCGCUUCAGCCGCUGGCGUUUGGCAACGGAGCCCCGACGCUGCCCAAAGUGGCAGAAACGACGGCGCCGACGAGGGAGACGGCUACGGCGCGACGGGAGGACGAGAUGCGCUCCCAGGUAACGCAGUACAAAGAGAUGGCGGCGGCGGCAGUGCCGACCAGCCAUGCUGGAUCGUCUGUGCGACGGCGGCUGGGACACCCAAAUGCUGCGAGUCGCAACUUUGAGCCGCUGCCGUCACCGUCGCCCACAAAGCCGCAAAAGAGCUUUGCGGCGCCGGUGCGUCUCCGCGAGUCUGCAUAUCCCGUCUACUGGGUGGAGGUGCUGGACACGGGGCAUCAAAAGUGGCAGCCGGCGGACCCGGCGGUUACGCAUACGUUUUGGAAGUCCAAGUCUCUGGAGCCGCCGAUUACAGACAAGGAAAACUGCAUGAGCUAUGUGGUUGCGUUUGACGAGGACGGCACGGCGCGCGACGUGACCGUGCGGUAUGCCAAAGCGUACGCGGCCAAGACGAGGCGUAUGCGCGUCGAUGUAGCGGCGGACGUCGCCGGCAACAACUGGUGGCGGACGGCGAUGCGGUCGUUUCGGCGUCGGCACCGAACAAACUUGGACCAGAUUGAGGAUGCGGAGCUCGUGGGCGUGGAGGCGCGGGAGCCGAUGCCGCGCAACGUGCAGGACUUUAAGGAUCACCCUGUGUUUGCGCUGCUGCGGCACCUGCGGAGGCACGAGGUGCUAGUGCCGACCGCGACGCCGUCUGGCACAGUGAGCUCCGGCAGCAAAGGCCCACUAGAGAAGAUUUAUCGACGGCGGGACGUGCGCGUCGCCCGGAGCGCGGACAAGUGGUUCCGCAUGGGGCGCGAGGUCCGGCCCAACGAGAUUCCGGCCAAGUGGCUGCCAAAGGCGAAGCGACCCAAGUACAGGUUCGAAAACAAUGACGACUACCACCGCCGCCGUGAAGAAGAGGAGGACGCGGCGGGCGUGCCCAUCUACACGGAGGACCAGACGGAGCUGUACGAGCCGGAGCCGGUGCGCGAUGGGCGCGUGCCCAAGAACAAGUUUGGCAACGUCGAGGUGUACGUGCCGAGCAUGGUGCCGCGCGGCGGCGCACACGUGGAGCACGAGCUGGCGGCGCGCGCGGCGCGGGUACUGGGGGUCGAUUACGCGCCAGCGCUGACAGGGUUCGCGUUUCAGGGCCGGCAGGGCACGGCGGUGCUGCGCGGCGCGGUGGUCGCGGCGGAGCACGCGGCCGCGGUGGAGGCGGUGAUCGCCGGGUUGGAGGAGGCGGAGCGCACGGCGGAGGAGGAGGCGCGGGCAUUGGUGGCGAGGCGGUGGUGGAGGAGGCUGCUGACAGGGCUGAGGAUCCGGGAGCGUGUUUGGGCGGGCGUGGAUGAGACGGAGAGGAAGGAGGCGGAGGAGGAGGUUGAUAAGCUGCUGGAGGAGGCGGAUAAGGAGGAUGGGGAUGAAGGGGAUGAAGGGGAUGACGGGGAGAGUGAUGAGACGGAGGAGUUUGACAUGGUUGUGGAUGGAGGGGAUGAUUCGGACGAGUAUGGUGGUGGGUUUCUUGUAGAUUAG